UCUCUCUGCUUCUAGAACGCCAUUGGCCGCUCGUGGCUCAUUUAACCGCUGUCAAGGCACAUCGUAUGGCUGCCGCUUUAACUAACUUCUCAACUCUGACAGAGAAAGUGGUUCAAAGGCGCAUUCUGUCAGUGGAUGUGAACCAACAACCGGAGAGGAGAUAAAGCACAGAACAUUUCUGAGACUCCCUCUUUCUUGGAUUAUUAAUUAAGUUUACAAUUCACUCAUUUUGAGGUAUAGGAUUGUUGAUCCCUCGUGUGUACCUGCUCUACCAGACUCGCGCACCGACUGAAUCAGACAUUUUUUUUUCUGUUGGUAGAAAGUUUGAAAACCAGGUGAAUGUAUAGCAUGAUGAUGGAGACGGACCUCCAUUCCCCUGGACCCCAAACGAACACAAAUUCGGGGCAGUCGGGACCGAACAGCGGGUCCAAAGCGAAUCAGGACCGGGUGAAGCGUCCGAUGAACGCGUUCAUGGUGUGGUCCCGUGGGCAGCGGAGAAAGAUGGCCCAAGAGAACCCCAAAAUGCACAACUCCGAGAUCAGCAAGCGGCUGGGCGCGGAGUGGAAGGUGAUGACGGAAGCGGAGAAGAGACCCUUCAUCGAUGAAGCGAAGCGGUUACGAGCCAUGCACAUGAAGGAGCACCCGGAUUACAAGUACAGACCAAGACGGAAGACCAAGACCCUGCUGAAAAAGGACAAAUACUCUCUGGCCGGUGGCCUGCUCUCUGGGGCUGGCGGUGGUGGAAUGGGUCUAGGGGUCGGGGUGGGUUCAUCCGGGGUUGGCCAGAGGUUAGAGAGCCCCGGGUGCCACGGGGGCUCCGUCAGCUCAGGCUACACGCACAUGAACGGCUGGGCGAACGGUGCGUACUCGGGGCAAGUGGCUGCAGCAGCUGCGGCCGCGGCGAUGAUGCAGGAGGCGCAGCUAGUUUACAGCCAGCACCCGGGCAGCGGGCACCACCACCACUCACACCACCACCACCACCCGCACAACCCCCAGCCCAUGCACCGCUACGACAUGUCGGCGCUCCAGUACAGCCCCAUCUCGAACUCUCAGGGCUACAUGAGCGCCUCUCCGUCCGGCUACGGCGGGAUCACCUACACGCAGCACCAGAGCUCUGGCGUCUCAUCCUCCGCUGCCAUGAGCACGUUAGGGUCGCUGGUGAAGUCAGAGCCGAGCGGUGUCCAGUAUGAGGACUGUCAUGUGGGAAUGUCCAUGAAUCACCAUGGAAACCUGUGAUUGACAGACAGGCGCUAGCCCCAUCUGGCUGGCUGGCAGGCCGUCAUUACGAGGAGCAGGAGGAGAUUUGCUGUACGGCGACAGGACCGUACGAAAAAUGUCAACGAUCGCCAGAGCCCCAGAUUUCCUCCCUAAUGUUAUCUAAUGCCCAUAUUUAUCAUUCAAAUAAUCUAGACUGGAGUUAGCUGCAAUACACCUCAACACAUAUCACUGACUCCCCUUAUGUACCAACACAUCAACACACAUCACUGACUCCCCGUAUGUACCAACACCUCAACACACGUCACUGACUCCCCGUAUGUACCAACACCUCAACACACCUCACUGACUCCCCUUAUGUACCAACGCCUCAACACACCUCACUGACUCCCCUUAUGUACCAACACCUCAACACACGUCACUGACUCCCCUUAUGUACCAACACCUCAACACACCUCACUGACUCCCCUUAUGUACCAACACCUCAACACACCUCACUGACUCCCCUUAUGUACCAACACCUCAACACACCUCACUGACUCCCCUUAUGUACCAACACCUCAACACACCUCGCUGACUCCCCUUAUGUACCAAUGCCUCAACACACCUCACAGACUCCCCUUAUGUACCAACACCUCAACACACCUCACUGACUCCCCUUAUGUACCAACGCCUCAACACACCUCACUGACUCCCCUUAUGUACCAACACCUCAACACACCUCACUGACUCCCCUUAUGUACCAACACCUCAACACACCUCACUGACUCCCCUUAUGUACCAACGCCUCAACACACCUCCCUGUCUCCCCUUAUGUACCAACGCCUCAACACACCUCACUCAAACCCCCUUACACUUUCCCCAUGUACCUCAUCCCAACCACUUUGGAACAUAUCCAUCCUUCAACCUGUCUGUCACUAAUCACUCCCUACACUCCUCACCCCAACCAUCCCUCACACCACCCACCCCCUCCUUACCCCCACACACCUUAGCCUGCCUCCUGUGUAAAUACCCUGUCUCCCUCUAUUGGCCUAUGUCUCAGCAGCGCUCUGCAUGUUAACAUUUCUAAACCCCCUCAAAUUGUGACUGACAAACAUUUUGUAGCCUUCAGUCUUUUUGAACAGUCAGCCAGCCCUGCAUGCCAAACAGCUAGCUAGAACAGACUGAGACAGACUGGAAGACUGGCACCCUGACCAGAGAGUAAGUGCUGUGUUUAUCCUCUCAUACAUACACCACCAGCUUACUCCGGUUUGGCAGGACAGUGACAAAGGACCAGCCAAUGUCUGGCAAACUGACAGGCAUCCGGGCUAGUUAGCACCUAGGAAGAGGUUCUAUAAAGAUAAAGGAGAAAAGACAAGCAGUGUACUCAUCCUUCUCCUCUCCAGUGAAGUCUUACCACUCAUCCUUCUCCUCUCCAGUGAAGUCUUACCACUCAUCCUUCUCCUCUCCAGUGAAGUCUUACCACUCAUCCUUCACCUCUCCAGUGAAGUCUUACCACUCAUCCUUCACCUCUCCAGUGAAGUCUUACCACUCAUCCUUCACCUCUCCAGUGAAGUCUUACCACUCAUCCUUCUCCUCUCCAGUGAAGUUUUUCCACUCAUCCUUCUCCUCUCCAGUGAAGUCUUACCACUCAUCCUUCACCUCUCCAGUGAAGUCUUACCACUCAUCCUUCUCCUCUCCAGUGAAGUCUUACCACUCAUCCUUCACCUCUCCAGUAAAGUCUUACCACUCAUCCUUCACCUCUCCAGUGUAGUCUUACCACUCAUCCUUCUCCUCUCCAGUGAAGUCUUACCACUCAUCCUGCUCCUCUCCAGUGAAGUUUUUCCACUCAUCCUUCUCUUCUCCAGUGAAGUCUUACCACUCAUCCUUCUCCUCUCCAGUGAAGUCUUACCACUCAUCCUUCACCUCUCCAGUGAAGUCUUACCACUCAUCCUUCACCUCUCCAGUGAAGUCUUACCACUCAUCCUUCUCCUCUCCAGUGAAGUUUUUCCACUCAUCCUUCUCCUCUCCAGUGAAGUCUUACCACUCAUCCUUCACCUCUCCAGUGAAGUCUUACCACUCAUCCUUCACCUCUCCAGUGAAGUCUUACCACUCAUCCUUCUCCUCUCCAGUGAAGUUUUUCCACUCAUCCUUCUCUUCUUCAGUGAAGUCUUACCACUCAUCCUUCUCCUCUCCAGUUAAGUUUUUCCACUCAUCCUUCUCUUCUCCAGUGAAGUCUUACCACUCAUCCUUCUCUUCUCCAGUGAAGUCUUACCACUCAUCCUUCUCUUCUCCAGUGAAGUCUUACCACUCAUCCUUCUCCUCUCCAGUGAAGUCUUACCACUCAUCCUUCUCCUCUCCAGUGAAGUUUUUCCACUCAUCCUUCUCUUCUCCAGUGAAGUCUUACCACUCAUCCUUCUCCUCUCCAGUGAAGUCUUACCACUCAUCCUUCUCCUCUCCAGUGAAGUCUUCAAAUCAAAUCAAAUCAAAUCAAAUCAAAUGUAUUUAUAUAGCCCUUCGUACAUCAGCUGAUAUCUCAAAGUGCUGUACAGAAACC